GCCCUCCACCCCAGCCGCGAGCGCCCAGCACAAAAUCCUCCCCCCUCUCCAGAAAAAAGAACAGAACGUUCAAUGUCUAUGAGGAUACAAAGUACAUGAUGAUGACAGAGGAAGAUGAAAAAGGCAAAGAAAUUGAAAAGAUUCAUGUUGAUGGUACUAACAAGUUUGUCACUGAAGACAACAUAUUCUCAGAAGAUGAAAUUACCAAUUUUGAGCAGCAUAUAUUGGAGAUAAUUGGAAGUACUCAGAUGGCUGGAAGGCGUUUUACUCAAAAUGGAUCAAGCAGUACUCAGAUAUACGCACAAAUGACGCUGCCAUAUGUUUCAAACCAGGGUGGAUACAUGGAUCUGAUGAUGGAACAGAUACGUAACUCGCAAGGAGAAUCAGUGAGUGAACUAGGCAAUGAAAUGCAAAGUGCCCUAUGCACACAAAAUGAAACCAUGAACAAAAACCUACUAGUGGCCCCCAUGUGAGACAUACACACAGAUGAUUCUUGAGGAGGACUCAACGCUUGCAAAUGCAGACAUAACCAAG